CCCCUCCCCGAAUGGGAAGAACGGGGUUCGCACGGCGAACUCCCUGGACCACUCACGCCCCAAAGUGCUCGUGGGAUCUGCGCCUCCCCAGAGGGCAGAGCACGGGGCAGGGCAGCGGAGGCCCUGCCAGAGGACUCUGGCCCAGGGGCGCCUCCUUACCGUACGUACACGUCCUCUUGUCUUCGCUUCAGCAUUCGGCAUGACGCGGAUGCCACGGAGCCUCCUGCGCACAUUGGUGUGCCUUGGCCUCCCCGUGCUGGGCACCGCGGUGCAGUCUGCCAGCGUCGCGGGCAUCCCGCGGCAGGUCUCGUGGCAGACUGGUGCUGGCAUACAGGCACCAGGAUCCUGCAUCCCCAAGCCUAGAGGCAGCGAGCCGAUUACUGUCUUUGUGACUUCAGUGACUCAGCCAUACAUGCAGGGUUACAAGCUGAGGGAUUGGGAGGAAACGCUCUGGGGCCCAGACUCCCAGCCGAACAUUCAGAACACAUUAUGGGUCUACAACGAGAACACUUGGGAAGUGAUGCAUGGCCGUCCAGCCUUGAAGCAAUCAGAGGUACCCGUGGCGGACUGCUUCUUCGAUGUGUUCGACGCUGCGCCUGGUCUGCUCGAGCUGGUCUCCGACAAAGGCCGCAUCGACGACCUCUACAGGAUUUCAGGCGUUCGCGGUUUGUCAGACCACAUCAUGGACGGGAAAGCGCUCGUCAGGAAGUUGGCUGCCAUCAACCACGCUGCCUCGCAGUUGCCUGACGGAGCGCUUCUGGUGUGGCUGGACGUGGACACGGCGGUCGGGAUGGAAUUGGACCAGCGGUGGUACAAUUUCGUGAUGAGUAGAGACAUCACGUACAUCGCAGAGAGCCUCUGCCGCAGCGAACUCGCGGGCGUGAAGAGCGUGGAGGAAUUGCCGCCGUAUUGCCUGGACUACCGAGUGGAGUCUGGCGUGAUGGCCAUCCGAGUGUCGCCCACAACGCGACAGUUCUUUCGCAGUGCUCUGGAGUGGUACGAUGGCCGCAUGCUCGACCUCGCGCGCGAGUGUCUGCAGGCCGGGGCUCCGCCCGAGAAGUGCACGGGCGCCAAGGGGACCUGGAGGCGGAACAACAUCGGUCUGAACGACAUCUACGUGCUCGCCCAGGUGCUGCACGACCACCAGGGCCUCAAGCAUGGGUGGUUUGCAACUGUGUGGCAGAUGUGUGAAGGGGGUGGUCACGUGAUCGAUGAGGGCAAGCACGCUGGCUCGACCAUGCCGUGGUUGGGCCAGUGCCCACCUUGCGCGAACGUUGGGGUGGACGAACUGGUCACGCCCUUCUACCUCGAGGAAUACAUCCUGCAUCGCAAGGGGGGCCAGGGAGUCAUGGCCACGCAGCACGAAGGCCGGCAGGUCACUCAUACCAUCGAUCCAGAAAUGAUGCUGCCGGCCGCGCAUGGCCAGCAGGUGGACCCCCGGCCAGCCUGUGGAGACUUCAGACUGAAUCCGCAAUGUGUCCACAGCAUCUAUUGCGAAGAGGACGGUGCGACCACCGCGGCGCUGUAUCCGGAUUAUGUUGCGCCGAAGAAGUUCCUGUAAUGGCGUAUUCUUCGUCGCCGAUUCCGCGCAGUCUGCCGCCUGCGGCUUCGUGAUCGGGCGACAGCGGUCUCCGGAGGCAGUUGGCGGGCUGACUGGCGACUACGAGCCAGGGCAUGGCGGGGAGAUGGUAACUACUACUGGCAACCAGUAAAUAGUUUUAUUUGUGUGUAUUUAUUUGUGUGUCCUGGGGCCCCUUCAUGAUAGUAGGCAACCAGCGUUUGGGGGGGGCGCUCACUGGAGCAGUGUGGAGCACCCGGUGCCGCUCUCUAGCGCCGGAGCGAGGCGGGCGAGCGCCGCUCUCUCCUGCUCCGAGUCGAGCCCGGGCUUUGGCCGGGUGCCCACCAUACGCUCGGAGCAGUUCGAUUCGAUUUCGACCAGACCUGGAUGUGGCAGCAAAGUUGCUGUCGUCCCCUGUGGAUCGGCACUCGCCCGCUGCAUGAUGUUUUGUUCAGCCGCCCGUGCGUGCCGCAGUUUGGUUCCGUAGUUUGCGUUCGCCAGGCUGUGCUUGACCAGCAAUACACAUUGAAUCAUUUAAUCUGUACCUGCGUACAUUCUGUGCGGUUCCAGUGCUCGUCUUCACGAAUUUGCAAAGUGCAGAGUUUGCGAACGUGGAUACGAAGGUUCAUGUUGAUACACGGAUCGGGCCGCAGAUUUGUUGGCCGUCUUCUCGGGUGCAUGGAGAUUUCAUGCAUGCGACCUUGGCUCGCAAUACGCGGCGCGGCUCGCGAGUUAAGAAAUAAUAAGACACAAACAAAACAAGUAGUAGGCAUUCUC